AACAGACAAAGUAUUCCCUUAAUCUCUUUAACAUCAAUAAACCAACCUUUUCCAACUAAUCAAAAAGAGAACAUAUUCUACCACCUUAAUCAAACACUAAUCUUCAACCAUAAACCUUUCCCUUUACUUUGGAGCCCACACUCUUUUGCCACCAAAACACCAACAAAAACUCCAGAAAUCACAAAACCCAAAAAAACUAUGGCACCUCAACUUCCUUCUUCCUCACCCCAAAACCCAGAACUAAGAAAAGACAUAAUCAACAACAAAUGGGUCAAUUUCUCUCCAGCAAGAUCUAAACGUCCUUCUGAUUUCAAAUCAAAAUCCCCUGUAUCCGACCCAAAUCAAAAACAGUCUCAAGAAUGCCCAUUUUGUAUUGGGCAUGAACAUGAAUGUGCACCCGAGAUUUUCCGGGUCAUGGAUGACCCGAAUUCUCCUUCAAAGUGGAGAAUUCGGGUCAUCCAAAAUCUUUAUCCUGCUCUUAGCAGAGAUAUUGAACCCCAAAAUACGGGUUUGGAUAACCCGGAUUGUGGGGUUGUUGCCGGGUUUGGGUUUCAUGAUGUGGUGAUUGAAACAUCUACUCACCCGGUUCAUUUGUUUGAUCUUUCUGGGUAUGGAGUUGGGGAGGUUUUGAUGGCUUAUAAAAAGAGAGUGCUUCAAAUUGCUUCUUUUGAUGCCAUCAAAUAUAUUCAGGUGUUCAAAAACCACGGAGCUUCAGCUGGAGCAUCAAUGAGUCAUUCUCAUAGUCAGAUCAUAGCUCUUCCAAUCGUUCCUCCUGCAAUAUCUACUCGCCUUGCGGCAAUGAAAGAGUAUUUUGAGCAGACAGGAAAUUGUGUUCUAUGUGAAAAGCCACCAAAGGAGCUUCUCAUCCAUGAAUCAAGACACUUCAUUUCAGUUGUUCCAUUUGCUGCGAGUUAUGCCUUUGAGAUUUGGAUUAUCCCGCGGUAUCACUCUGCCCAUUUCCACGAUAUAGACAAGGAAAAGGCAAACGACCUUGGUGGAUUGCUCAAACUUAUGCUGAAAAAGAUGGGUUUGCAAUUAAACAACCCACCAUUUAACUUUAUGAUUCACACAGCUCCCGUUCGCAUAGACGAUGCUCAUUUGAGCUGCAGUCAUUGGUAUCUACAGAUAGUCCCUCAGUUAACUGUGUUAGCUGGAUUUGAAGUUGCAACUGGAUGUCACAUUAAUCCGGUAUUCCCUGAAAAUGCUGCAAAGAUAUUGAGGGAAGUAAAUGUUGAAGAUACUGAGGAGAUAUGUAGAGAAGAUAGUGAAAGAAGUUAAGGUUUAUUGUUGAGAUGUGAACUUAAGGCCAAAAGAGACGAGAGAUAUCCAUUUGUUUUUCUCCAGUAAGAUAAUAACAACAAUAUCAGAGCCUUGUCCAAAAUGCAAUUUUUGGGGGUUUAGACUAACAUACACAGAUACACUCAUACUUCAUUUAUUUGUACUUACCCCUUGUGGAUUAGGCACGCUAUAUAAGCAAGAGAUUAGAGACGAUAAAAUAUAAUUGAAAAAAAACCUUAAUAUACUCUACAAUUGGUCUGGUGAGAGACUGCCUAUUUUUAAUUUAAAAUUAGGCACGGUCGCCCAAUAUUAAGAAGAGAAUGUCACAUUUUUUUUAUUUUGUGACUAGUUUAAUCUAUUUAGGGACCACUGUAAUCUAUUUUGUGAUCAGUUUAAUCGAUUCAGUAAUGAUAUUUUUUAACCCAUUUAGUGACUAGUUUAAUCCAUUUGGUGACUAGUUUAAUCCGUUUCGUAAGACUAUCGAGUUAUUUUUUGAAAUUGUAUGUUGUAGUUCAAGAAUCAAGUAAAAAAAAAGGAGAAGAGAAGGAAUACCUAGAAUAGUGUUAGGUUAAAGUAAAAUGGGAUGGACUUGUUAGAAAGAUUCAUAUUAGGUUCGUCUAAUUUUAUGUUAAAAUUAGACCGUCUAUUCUAAUAAUUUGUGUAUACCCUAAGUCUUCUCCUCUACUGGUAAUUUAUUAUCUUACUUAAUCUGUUCAUUUAUCUUCUCUAAUCUCUUCUUAAUUUGCAUGUCCAAUUCACAUGAUGCAAGUCAAAUAAGAAUGGAGAAAAGUAUACUUUUAUCCCAUGAAUAAAUGUUAAUGUAGGUGUAUAUAUAUAGCCAUAAUUUACUUCACAAUUGACCUGUUGCCACUUGCCAGACUAUAUAAUCCAUAGUAUGGUGCACGGCUGCACGCCACAUUCGCAAUCGCACGUAAUCGUUGAUUUUUGGAUGACCUAAUGCAUGAUGUCUUUUGAAAUAUGAUGAGUAAUUAAUAAUUUGAUAUUCAAACAUCCUAUUUUCUUCUAACACAUACUUCUAGUUCUAGUACCAUUUCUUUGUCCAAAUGCGUUUGAUCACUGGAACUUUUUGACAGAAUUGGGGCCAAACCAAACCACAUUUUUCUUUUGUGCAAAAAAAAAAAAAAAAAACCAUUGUUUUUGCUGAUGAUAGAAGAGAAUUGCAGAUUGAUAAACUCGCAUAAAAUGAAAAGACGAACACAAUUGAGAUAUAUUAUUGGAAAAUGAUCAUAAUUUAUAUAAUACACAGUUUUCAAAAAGAAUUUUAAAGUUGGGGGUGGAGAGUGUUGGAGUUUAUAGUUCGUAUCCAAACACAAUAGUGAUCCGAAAUUACAACCAUAUUGAUAGAGUAUGAAUCUAUUCUUGGAGUCUCAACCAUCAGUUUAAGCUUUUGGUUGAGUUGGUCCUUUGAUAUGGUACCAAUUACCAAAGUAGAGAGCCAGCGUGACAAAAAAAUCACAGGUUCGAAUUUCAACCAACCCUUAUUUGUGUAAAUCUAUUCUUGUAUAUCCCAUAAAGCAUAGGAAAUAGUAAUCAUAUGUUUAUUUGAAUUAUUUUAUAAUAAUUUGAUGAUAAAAGAGAGUGAUCAUAUUUUAUAUCCCAUUUCGAUCAUUAUAUUCCUCAGAUGUUAUUGAUCACACUUGUUUGUUCAUGAUCUCCAAUAUCUUGAAUUACGUAUUAGAAAAAAAUUAUAUAUUUUACCCAACUCAUUCAAAAUGAUAAUAACUCGAAAUUUAUAUUAAUAAGAAUUAACAAUCAAAAUUUUCAACCUCUGACCACAAAAGCAAAGUGAAACUUAAGAAAAAAACAGAGCUAAUACUUCCAAAUGUAUUUACAUAUUUGCUCUUAAUGAUCAUGAGAAUGGAGAACUUAUAUGGUUCUUAUCAAUCAAAAGAUAGAACCUUAUGCAGCUCAUCUAAAGGGGGUAACUCCUUCAACAACCUAUCCAUUUCCUUGUACGACAAAUUUCGAGUCAGGAACGAAUAACUACCACCACCUUUACUCAUCAUAUUAUCUUGAAAGUUGUUAUUCUGUUCACGACGAUCGAGCACGAAUUGACCUUCUGGUGUCUCAGGACUAUGGCUCAUCCUCGCUAACCUCGAUAAUUGAGGCCGAGUGUUGUUCUUCUCAUUGCUUACUUUCAUCACCCAUGAAGAAGAAGGUGAAUCCGCAAUUGUUGAGUCUUUACCAGUGAGAUUUUGAACCACAGACUUGAAACUACAAGCAUCAGUUUCUACGUACUGUGUUUUUAUAUGCACAACUUUCAUAGGUUGCCUUGACCUUGAUCUUAUACUAGACAUAAUAAUUUGUGUAUAGAAAGAAAGUAUAUGA